AUGGCAGACGAAGUGGCGCUAGAUUUGGUGGAGCUUCACCACCUUAAGAGCAUUGCUACACGACCCCAUAUCAUCAACUUCAUUUCCUCUGCGAUUCGCGCUUUGGAAAAGAUGCCACAAGGGGAUGCUACUGCAGUUCCCACCCCUGCUCUGCUACAUGACAAGCCUGUGCCAUUCAGCUGGGACCAAGAUUAUGAUAACGUCAAGUUACCACAAGGGGCUGCUACUUUGCCUAUUCCAAUUUUAGCUACAACUUGCACCCCUGCUCGGCAUUAUGAGAUGCUUGCGUCAUUCGGCUGGGAACAAAAUAAUAUUGAUGUCAAGGUAUAUAUAUAUCUGAAGGGAGUUGAUCAGGAGAACAUAGAGGGUGGCUUCACGCCUUCGUCCUUUCACAUCAAAGUCCAUGAUGUUGAAGGAAAGAAUUACAAAUUUGCUAUACCUGAGCUGCACAAGGAGAUUGACCCAGGGAGGUGUAGGGUGAUAACCAAGCCUGAAAAGGUUGUCAUCACUUUGGUUAAAGCUUCAAGGGAUUACUGGUUGGAUUUGAAGUUCAAGGAGGAAAUGCCGAUGCCGAUGCCAAAUUGGGAUGAAGAACCAGAUCCUUUUGUAGGAGCCAUGGCCAUAAUGAAGAAUAUGUACGAAGAAGGGGAUCCAGAGAUGAAAAGAACAGUUGCCAAAGCAUGGACUGAAGCAAAAUUCGGGAGAAACCCCUGA